AUGGAUCUAACAGUCAAUAUCAAAUGUAAAGUAUGUGGGUCUGAAGAAUCAACAUCAAUCGAAGAAUUUAGAUUACAUGGUAUCAAUCAUUGUAUACCUUUGGUUGCUAGGUACUUUGGUGUAACUCAAUUAGAUAAUCUACAUCAACUAUUAUUGUUGGAUAAACAUAAUCAACAACAACAACAACAACAACAACAACAACAACAACAACAACAUAAAGAUAGAGAUAGUCAUCCAGAAGAAGAGAAUAACCAACAAGAUAUAUUAAAAAAGAGAAAGAGAGAUCAUCAACAACAACAACAAAACAACAACAAUAGCAAUGAUAAUGAUAACAACUCAUCAAACAACAAGAUGAUAGUAGAUAAUAAUAAUAUUAAUUCAAAUCAUAAUCAUCUUCUUCUUUCUAAUACUAUUACAACAUCAUCAGCUCUUCAAUCAUCUACAACGACAACGACAACGACAACAAAUCUAUUUAAAAGUUUAAUUGGGUCACCAUUUAUUAGACAUACUAUAUUCAAUCAUGUAAAAGAUAUAACCAAUAUAUUUAAUCAUCGUGAAUAUGAACAAUUGUGUGGUAAAGAUAUCAUUAAAUUACCUCAUCUUGAAAUGAUAUCUCUCUAUGCAAUGCCAUGGAACUUUAUCAAACAUUACUUGCCACCUAGAGAAGAUGUAUUAUUCGAAAGAAGAAUGUUUGUUAUUACGCGAUAUUGCUGGCAUCAAAAUGCAACAUUGGAUACAUUAUUAAAACUAUUGGAAUGGUCACCUGAUUAUGAUCCACAAAAUCAAAAUGUUGGACAUCACCAAGAUUUAUUCUACAAUGUUGCAAUUGAUGGAAACACUGAUAUAUUGGAAUUCCUUUUAAAAAGGUAUCCAAAUAUUGCUAUGAAUGGAACAAUGGUAAACCGAAAUGCUAUAGACCUGGCAUCUUUCAAUGGACAUUUAUCAAUGGUUCAACUAUUAUGUUCAAUCAAAGGUCAAGAAUGUACUAUCGAUGCUAUGGAUAAAUCAGCAGAAUAUGGUCACUAUGAAGUUAUAAAGUAUCUUGAUCAAAAUCGUACUGAAGGUUGUAGUACAAAUGCAAUUGAUUGGGCAGCAAUGAAUGGUCAUUUGGAUAUCGUUAGAUAUCUAAUAUUUAAUCGUACAGAGGGAUAUACAACUGAUGCAGUAGAUAAGGCAGCAAAAAACGGUCAUUUACAUGUUUUAGAAUGGUUAUAUUGCAAUAGAAAUAUCGAUGGUACACAUCAAGCCAUGGACAAGGCUGCAGAAAAUGGACAUUUUAAAAUUGUUAGAUGGUUACAUUAUAUUGGGAGUGAUGGAUGCACAACUGAUGCUAUGGACAAGGCUGCAGAAAAUGGACAUUUUAAAAUUGUUGAAUGGCUACAUCUCAAAAGAAUGGAGGGAUGUACCUCUCAUGCGAUUGAUAAUGCUGCCAUGAAUCCAAAAAAUUUGAAUAUCAUUCAAUUCCUUCAUAAUGCUGGGAAACCGUGUACAGCUGCUGCCAUUGAUAAUGCAUGUUUAAAAGGUAAUUUGGAUAUUGUCAAAUUCCUUUUUGAAAAUCGAACAGAAGGUGGUACUCAACAAGCUAUCAUCAAUGCUUGUAAAAGUGGUAACUUUGAUUUGAUAAAGUAUCUACUAGUCAAUAGGGAGUUGGUUUGUCCACCAGAAGCAGUAGACUCUGCCAUUGAAAAGAAUUGUAGUUUGGAUGUUAUCACAUAUUUAAAUAGGCCAUGUACAUUUUAUGGUCUAAAAUCUGCAAUUGAACAUAAUCGAAUGGAUAUUAUUCAAUAUAUCAAUAUGAAAUACCCAAAAUAUCGCUUAUGGAAUAAACGUUUACUGGAUUUGGCUGCUAAAACAGGUAAAUUGGCUAUUGUAAAGUUUCUUCAUGAAAAUAGAACAGAAGGAUGUACAACCAAGGCCAUUGAUUUGGCAAGUAACUCUGGACACAUUGAUAUUAUCAAAUUUUUACAUUUAAAUAGGACUGAAGGUGCUACUACUGAUGCAAUAGAUUAUGCUCAUAGCCUUGAAAUAGUCAAGUUUCUACAUUUUAAUCGUAGUGAAGGUGCAACAACCUUGGCUAUGGAUUGGGCUGCAAAGAAUGAUGAUUUGGAAAUUGUUGAAUUUCUCCAUAAACAUCGAACUGAAGGUUGCACCGAGUCAGCUAUAUUGGAGUGUGAUGACCCUGAUAUCCACAAAUACAUCUUGUCAAACAAAAUACUAUCAUUGGAAACGAUCAAACAGGGUCGGAUCUCUGUACUUCCAUACAAACAACAAAAGGAGGAUUAUUUUGAAGUCAUGGAUCUUGUUGAUAAAUAUUAUGGAAUAUCUGACUAA